AAUUCUAAAUGUUUAUACCAAAAACAAAAACAAAAAACUAAUAGAAUAACUCUCAGAAUAUAUAUUACAGAAAAAUAGAUCCUGCACAUGCUUCAAUGAUAAAGAUAAGGUAACUCCAUGGCCAGUCUCUCUCCAGCAAGGCAAAUAUCACAAGUCUCUGAUGAAUGGCCUAAUUGCUCAGAUGAGUUAGCCGUCAGGAAGUCAUUUGUUUUCCUGAAAGAUAACAUUAUUUAUGAAGACCUCCGAGACGAUUUAAUACAAGAGGGUAUAGUGAGUGAAAAAGAGGAAGAUGCCUACGUAUGUGAGAAAAACAACAUGCGGUCAAAGCGUGAGAGACUCAUUAAAUUUAUCAUUAGGAAGAAAAGAUGUCAAAUCUUCAUAGAGCUCCUGAGCAGAAAAUCAGUUUUUGUUGCCAAGAAGAUUAUUGAAGCUCGUAAACAGGUUGAAGCGGAGGCUUCGAAAUGUGUCACCAGAAAUCCACCAUUUUUAGUCACAGAUGAUCUUCUACAGAAACAUAUAUCAUGCCUGCAUACACAACUGGAACCUCGUGAAAUCGCUGAUGAGAUGUUUCAGUCUGGUGACAUCACAGAUAAAGACCACGACACUGUGACUGAUCCUGACCGCAAAUAUACACGUGUGACGGAGCUGCUCCAAAUCUUAAAGAAAAGGAAUCUGUAUUCCAACUUUGUGUAUGUCCUUCAGUCUUUAAAGUAUUUCCAGGUGCUAGAAAUACUUGAAAAGGAUAUAAAAAUGACAAAGAAGCCUU